CAUGGGACGUACUACGACAAAUAUCAACAAAGGUCGUGGCCAAGGUGUUGAUCGAAGUAGUGGUGAGCAAGGUCGUAGUCAAGGAAGUGUUCUAGGUAGUAGUGAUACCGUUGGACUAAAGUCAAAUCAGCAGCAUACUUUGAUGUCUUCUCCCAUUGAGGAGGGUAGUGAUGGUGAUGAUGUGUCUUCGUGUCGUGUUGCUUCUACAAAGCGGGGAGGCUCUUCCCAAGUCCAAGUACCCGAACCAGUGAACCGUGAGUGGAUCUAUAUUAUAGAUGGAGAAUUUAGCAAUCAAAUAACGGCUACGCGGAUUAUUGGAGUAAACCUAAAGGGUAUGUGGUCCGGUCCAUGGAAAAGUUGGAAAGAUGUUCCUAAUGCGGACAAAAAGCAGUUGUUUGAACGAUUCCAUUGUUAUUUUCAGUGGGAGGAGAAAUGGAAUGGUGAAAUAUAUAGUUGCUGGGAGCAGUGCAUUGCUGGUAAAAUUCCGGAUUUGUUGUGUAGGGUACGAGAUCAAGCUAAAGAAACGGCGAAAAGUAAAGAUGUACUAGUCGAAGACGAUAUGUGUGUUCUUACUGAUUUUAAACCACCAUGGAUCAAAACAGAGACAUGGAAACAAACGAUUGAGAUCUGGAACACACCCGAAUGGAAAGCGAAGUCUAAAAGAAACAAAAAAUCAGAACUGAAUCAAAAGGGGGCAAACAUACCCUCGGGUCACAAACCUAUGCGACUGCCAAAAGAAAAGUGGCUGAGAUAAUUGGGCGUGAACCGGCACACUCAGAGAUGUGGAAACAAACACAUCUCAGAAAAGGAAGUAGGCCGUUUGAUAAAGAUCUUGAUUGUAGUAGUUCGGUAGUUGAGAAUGUUGAUUUGGAGGACGUUGAUUUGGAGGGCGUUGAAUUAGAAGGGAAUGUACAAGAAAAAAAAUCGGCAUGGGUUGACGAUAGGGCACAUGAUACUUGGGUAAAAUAUGAGGGACUUCUGUUGGAGAAAUAUGGGGAGGAAAGUAGCCAACACCGAGAACUUGACAAAGAAUUGUGGUACCGAGCUGCCGGGGGAAAGAAGAGAGGUAAAGUAUAUGGGUUAAGCAAUCUUAAGAAUGAUUUUAACGUUCAACAUCAUGGCAAACAAGACCAAGAGAUCGAAAGGUUGAACGUGAUUAUUGCGGGAUUGGUGGUGGAAAAAGAGAAAGAUAAGGCGGAGAAAGAGGCUAUGAAUGAAAGGAUGGCAAACAUUGAAGCGAUGCUAAAAUCUAGGUUUCAAAACAUAUAAUCGUCGACUUAGGUUUCAAAACGUAUAAUCAACGACUUAGGUUUCAAAACGUAUAAACACUUUGUUUUGAAUAUGUAUUUUGUUAUGAUAACUUUGGUAUUUGAUGUUUCAAGUGGGAUGUUUUAUAUAAUUGUGAAAAUUUGAUAA